AUUCUGCGUAGAAAAAGCGACGACCUUACUGCAUCUAUAGUUUUUUUAGUCGCAAAACUUAAGUAUCUUAAAAGUAAGAAAUCCGCAGAAUUGCACGGCACAAAACUCGUGACGAGAACGCAUGGAGAACGGAGUGGAACAUGGUGUUGACGAGGCCGGCGAGAACCAGGUGGUGAGCAGCUCCGACGGCGAAGGCGACUGCGAUGGCGAGGGCGAGGUGGAGGGGGAGGUGCUGCAGCCGCCGCAAAUAACAAACGACUGUGAGGGGGUUGCGGCGGGGGAGGGGGAGCGAGCACCAGCGACGACGGAAGCCAUAGACGCCACUCCUGACUCGGGACCACCGCCCCUGGACGGAGCAGCACCUGGAGCCAUGCUGGAGGACAACCUCUGCGACAAGGAUGUGGACAGCGACGCUGGCGACGAGGACAACGACGAUGAGACCAAGGAGAACUACGAGGGCUUCAAUGGCACCGGGCGCACCGUCACCCUGCAAACGCUGAUGGCCGCCAAUGUGCUGCAGCCGGGCCUGGGACUGAUGACCAUCGAAUAUCUGGGCCAGAAGUUCGUCGGAGAUCUGCUGGCCGAUGGCAAGAUCAAAUCCCAUGAGACUGAGACCAUAUUCCUUACGCCUAGCGCUUGGGCAAUGCACUGCAAGCGGAUCAUCAAUCCGGAGAAGAAGAGCGGCUGCGGCUGGGCCUCGGUCAAGUACAAGGGCAAGAAGCUGGACGCCUACAAGAACACCUAUCUGCGAAAGUGCGCCCUGCAAAAGGAGACGCCGCUGGACGAUUGUGACCUGGAUGCAGAACGCAAGUCCGACUCCCCGGAGAUUGUUGUGAAGCGAACCGUUUUCGCACAUAAUACCGUAUCGAAUCGCAAUGUAGUUCACGACGCCAACAUGCUAAUUGAAUCCGUGCCGUUUACUUCGGUUGGCAAACUGCAGCCCUUUCUCAUCACAGUCAACUCGUCUGCCCUUCUGCUUGCGGACUUCCAUUGCCAUUUGACGGUGCGUGAGGUCUGCGGCUAUUUGGGGGGAACCUGGGACAUGAAUACACACACUCUAUCCAUCACCAAGACAUAUCCUUGUCGCAGCACGCGAUUCGAUCGACAACGAGCCGGCGAAGUGGAGCGUGACAUACAGAAGAUGAUGAUCCAGGAUCAGCUUCUAUUGGUUGGCUGGUAUCACUCCCAUCCCAAGUUCCAGGCGGAACCCACGCUCCGCGAUUGCGACUCUCAGUUGGACUAUCAGAUUCGAAUGCGCGGGGCCAGCGAUCUUACCUACACGCCCUGUGUCUCCUUGAUUAUAUCACCUUACUACGAUGAGAAUCCUACACUGGAGUCGGUAGUCAAGUGCAUUUGGAUUGUUCCGCCUAACGAAAACAGACAAUCUAUGGAGUAUGGCCGACCUAUGCUGAUGCAGUAUUCAGUGCUGCCGGACAAGGAGAUUCCCGAGGAGGUGCGCUCCGAGAUCCAGCUGUGCGUGGACUACUACUCGCAAUACCGAAGCGAGGUGGUCAAGUUCCGGAACAUCUAUAACAACGACGUGACCUACAACGAGAAGCUGAAAAAUACGCUCUACCCGAAGUUUCCAUCCAAACAGAGCGACAAAGCUUUGUGGAAUUGGAUCUGCGCGGUACUGGACUGUGAGCAGGAAGACGACUUCAUUCCACCCAAAACCAUAAAGAUUAUCGACAAUGAUGAGCUGGAAGUAAAGGAGGAAGACAAACCUGUUGUCCUAAUGGAUCUUAGCAGCGAUGUGAAGCUAAAUCCACCUAAGGAGGAAAUAUUCAAUGAGGCAAUCAGCACAUUGGAAGAGAGUGCACGCAAGGCAGAGGAAGAAUCUAACGCCCAGGCGGAGCAGAAAGCAAGUGAACUAAAGGUGAUGUCGCUACAAGAGCAGCUCUGUAUGCCAUCAGGACUGAAUAUGAACCCGGUCCGAAUGCUUUCUCCUCUGGCCACUCCCAAUCCCACGAGUCAUCCGUCAGUGCUGCCCAGUUUGGUGGCUCCAACUUUGCCAGCAGCCACAAGUCAGCUGCUUCCACCGCAGAUGCCCGUCGCUACGGCACCACCAGUCAUCCCACCAGUUGUAUCGACAUCAGCUCUGACCUCCGCUUUGAGUGCCUCGCCAAGGGACAGUCCCAUCACCAUUCAAUCCAACUCCGCCAGUCCCGCCAAGUUUGAGGUUCCUGUAAGGGCGUCACCAUCGCCAGCGAAGUCGGACGCCUCGUCGCAUGCCUCCACAUCCCGCACUCGUAAUUCUCCAGCGCCCAGUCCGGGAAAGUUCAGCGUAAGCGAUAUUGCCCGGAAUAGUCCCAGCAUCACGCCUAAUAAGUACGAGGCGGCCGCAGCUGCUCUAGUUCCUCCAGCGGCCGCUUGCCUGCCCACGGCCAACGAUCUGAUGGCUGCCAGUUUGGCUCAGCUGGCAGGGCAGCUCCCUCCGAACUUUCUUCAAGGCGACUUGGCAGCUCUAUUCCAGCAACAGCGCAAGGAUUACGGCAGCUCAUCUCUUAACCAGCUGGCGGCGGCAGCAGCCAAGGUGGGUGGCUCCAAACAAAGUAAUGCCACUGCUUCCUCCGGUUUGAGUGAUCCCAAUGUUGCAGCUGCUGUGGCUGCCUACUCGAAUAGCUUCAAUAUGCCGCUGCCCACAGGAGUAGGAAUUGGAGGAGGUGGAAACAGCAAUGCCCACAGCAGCAGCAAGUCUAAAUCGGAGCGAUCAUCGAAGUCCUCCUCAUCUUCUUCCUCAUCGAACUCCAGCUCGACCUCCAAUUCAUAUAAGACAAAAUUGAUGAAGGAGCUGGAUGAACUUAAAAACGAUCCACUUAAGAUGAGCGAGCUCAUCCGUUCGCCGGAAUAUGCAGCACUGCUUCUCCAGCAAGCAGAAGCUCUGGGAGCCACCACUCUGGGCACCCUGGGCUUUGGAUCCGAUUACAGCUAUCUUACAGGUGCGGGAUUGGGAGUGCCGGCUGCUAAUGCUUUGACUGGUAGUCAACCCUCCAAUUCAUCUUCUGGCAAGUCCUCAAAAUCUUCGCCAGCGGCAGCUGCGGCGGCUGCCCUCAGUGCCGACUAUAACAACCUAAUCCAGGCAUCGAAGCUCCUCGGUUACGACUCUUACAUGCAGCAGAGCAAACAAAGCAACGACCUUAACGCGUUCCUGCAGCAACAGAUGGCAGCGGUGGCCGCCGCCUCAAUUCCGCCCCCUCAGCAGACUGCCUCCAGUGGCAGUUCCAACAGCAGUUCAUCCAAGAAGCAGCAACAGCAACAGUUGCAGCAGCAUCAUCAGCAACAGCAGCAGCAGCAACAACAGCAGGCAGCUGCACAGGCUGACUACACUGCAUUGUUGCAGACCUACACUAAGUUGUUUGAUCCCAACAACCAAUUUGCAGCGGCGAUGACUUCUAACAAGCACAUGGCAGGAGCCCACAAUGAGCUUUCCGCUCUUCUGUCAUCGGGAGUGGGUGUGUCAGGAGGUGGCGGCGGAGGUGGAUCAAAGCAAAAACAGAAGGACAUACAGAGCGAUAUGCUAAACCAGCUGCUACAGCUUGAGAAGCAGGACUCGGAGAUCAAGGCUUUGCUGUAUCGGCAAAACAAAGCUGCCGCCGAUUUGGACGCCCUUUUUGCCACGCCCUCUGGAGCAGUUGUGGGAGCUGGGUCCUCGUCGAAUGCCAUGAAGUCUGGAAGCUCUUCAGGCAACGCUGGGGUUUCCGGCAUUUCAUCUCCCUCUUCCCUAUCCAACCAAGCUGCUUACUAUAAUGCCUUGGCGCAGGAAAAAAUGCAGGAUUAUGCGGCCUUCUUUCAGCAGCAGCAUGGCAAAUACGGCAUACCCGAUCCACUGUCUAAAACCACACUGGCGGCUAAUAACAUGUUCAUGACUCCAUCGGCUCUGUUCAAGAUCCAGCAGGAAUCUCUGUCAGCCAUGAUGAUGAAGCCACCGAAAUCCACGACGCCUUCAUCGGCACGUACACGGGAAUCAUCGGCCUCACCAGCUUUGGAGCGACUUACGCCCACCAAGUCGGCUAACAGUGGAGGAAGCGGAGGCGGAGGAAACAACUCGAACUCUGGCAGCAAAUACAACUUUAGUGCAGUGGACCUGGCCAUCUCGAGUGUGCCCUCGAACACCCCAUCGCCAGCGCCCUCAGACGGAAGCAGCAGUUCUUCGCAUCGACGGCCUUCGCCGGACCUAAGCCGCCUCUACGGAGAGCUGGCACCGCCUGGAGCACUCCUCGGCAGCGGUGGAGUGCCCAAGAAGCGCAUGGAGUUUGCCUCGGUAGCGGAUCUGGCUGCUCCGCCCCCGGCCAAGAUGCCCAAAAACAGCAUGGGCGAUGAUAUCCUGAACCUGUCGCACGACUAGGACAACUGAAUUGGAAUCCUUGCCAGCGAAAUCGCAGUCGCAGUAUUUUCCCAACAGUAUAUACUCCCAUACGUAAUGCCGCGUAGCAUCCAUAACAUACCAGUGUCCGUCAUUUUAAUCGCCCAAUCAGUAUCUUUCGGAGCAAAUAUUUUAUUUUAUUUUUUCCAUAUUUCUUAUUUAAGUUUACUUCUUGCUAAGUGUAAAGUUCAUAGAUCAGAGUUAUGAAUCUGAUUGCCAGCAAUUUACAAACAUUUAUUUUUCACAAAUAAUUUGGAUUGUUUUCUACAACACAGAUAUGCCGUGCAUAUCUCAAUUAAAAUAAUCUUUAUGAUCCGUAAAGAUUACGCCAGUCCUACGAGUGAAUCUCCGCUUUUACUCACCUCACGAGCGCUGUAUGUCCUUAAACGUUUAAUUUAAUGUACUCGUACUAAUUUAGGUUUAAUUACCGUAUAAAAGUACUUUAAGUAUUUUAAUAUACAGACAGCGCACACACCAACUGUAUUGUAUUGCCUACCGUAUUAACUAUAACUUUGAAUCUUUGCCGCAAUAAAUUAAACGACUAGUUACUUAGUUUA